AUUUCUAUUACUCUGCCAUGGUGAUCUAUUGCAAAUCCAAAUUCGUCUUAUAUAACAUAGUAUCUCAAAAUUUUGAGAGAUGCCAAAAAACGUACGAGGGAGGAGAAGAUCGAGGAGCCGGUAUGCGUGGUGGUAGAGCGAAGAUCAUAAAAGCUCGUGAGCAGGAGGAUUCAGAUAGUUUUGGUUUCGGAAGUCGAGACAGCAGGAGCUCGAGAUGACCAUAACAACAACGACCGUUCGUUUGUUGAUCGCCUGCGGCGUCCUCGGCUUCGCGAGCUCGGCCAGCGUAUACAAAGAUAGCUGUCCUGAAAAGAAUGGUCGAUUUUCUGUGCCAUCCCAAUGUGACGCUUACAUCGAAUGUAUCGAUGGUAUCCCCGAACACAAAUUAUGUCCUGAGGGACUCUUAUUCAAUCCUAACGUGAGGUUCGCCUAUCCUUGUGAAUAUCCUGCGGGUGUGGAUUGUGAUGGAAGACCUAACCGACAGACACCACAGCCAACGGAUGACUGUCCCCAUCAGUAUGGUUUCUUCAAAAUCGGAGAUCAACACAAUUGUGGUAAAUUCAUGUCCUGUGUAGAGGGGAGAGCACAUGUUUUCCACUGCCCCGAAGGGUUGGCCUUCAACUCUGAAUCUUAUCGUUGCGACUGGCCUGAUCAAGUACCAGACUGCGAUGUUGAAUCAUUCUUAGGACUCCGGUGCCCAAAUGAUCCUAACGAUGAAAAUCGGCUUUACAAGUUUGAGUUCUACGCCAGUCCUUAUGACUGUCAGCGUUAUUUCGUGUGUGUGAAUGGUCGGCCACGUUUGCAGGUCUGCGAAGAAGGAAAGGCUUUCAGCCAACUGGAAAACACAUGUCUUCCCGCGCAGAACGUCAGUGGAUGUGAACCACUCGGUUUGCCGCAUGAGAAAAAGAAAGUUCCGUUAAUAGGUACAGUUGUAGAGGGAUCAUAGUGAUGACUUUCAUGUACGAAUGAAUGAUUUGCAAAGAUACACGUUCAUUUGAAAGUAAAACUAUCACGAGUUGCUUUCGAGAACAUUUCUCGCAAAUGGACACUACGUUGAGAGUGAAUAUCCGAUUUGAUAGUGGCCAGCAUAGUCGAUCUCAACGCAGUGUCCACUUGCAAGACAUAUUUCGAGAAAAUAACACAUGCAAUUACUAUUGUGUGCCACUGUAGAAACUACAAGGAAAUGAGUAGAAUGUAAUAAUGUAAAUACAUGAAUCAUUGAUAAGAACUAUUGUAAAAAUGAUGUGCUUGUAUUUAGCACAUAAUUGUAGACCAAAUAGUUUUCAAAUAAAAAAAAUCUGUUAGGAAAAUAACAAACAAUGUA